CCGGGGGCGGGCGCGCCGCCGAGUCCCCGCGACCCAGGCCGGGCGGCGCUCAGGCCCCGAGUGAGGCGGCUCUGGCGGCCGCGUGAUGGAGUCGGGCCCCGAGGAGUACGAGCUUAACGGCGGCCUGCGCCCUGGCCCGCCCGGCUCCCCGGACGCCUCGCCAUCCCGCUGGGGCCGGAACCGGCCCAUCAACGUGAACCAUUACGCCAACAAGAAGAGCGCAGCUGAGAGCAUGCUGGACAUCGCCCUGCUGAUGGCCAACGCCUCCCAACUGAAGGCCGUCAUCGAGCAGGGCCCCGCCUUCGCCUUCUUCGUCCCCCUGGUGGUCCUCAUCUCCAUCUCCCUCGUGCUGCAGAUUGGCGUGGGCGUGCUGCUCAUUUUCCUUGUCAGGUACGACCUCAACAAUCCUGCCAAGCAUGCCAAGCUGGACUUCCUCAACAACCUGGCCACCGGCCUGGUUUUCAUCAUUGUCGUGGUCAAUAUCUUCAUCACUGCCUUCGGCGUCCAGAAGCCCAUGAUGGACGUAGCUCCGCGGCAGUAGGGUUCAGAUGUCCCCGGAUCGCACCCGGCCACAGCCACCCAGAUCCCGGAGCCACCUCCCCCUCGAGGCCCACCUUCCUAUGGGGGGCACUCCCGGCAACCGCUAGAGCCCAGGCGGGCCCCACUAGACUGUGUCCUGGGACGAGCCGCCCGUGGCUAGGCCACCCCAGGCCAACGCGGGCCCUGCUCUGUCCUCGGCUGCCCCUCCUCCCGGAGCGUGGCCCAGGGGACAGAAGUGGGGAAGGGUCGUGGCCACCCGGACACGCAGCAGCCCAAGGAUGGGAGCGAGGGGCCCCUGUCGGCCUUGGUCCCAGGACGUAUCCAGAGGGACAAGGAGACCCCUACCUCUACCAGCACAACGAGCAUCUGGGCUUCGCGGCCCCACGCUGGGGGCCCGGGGCGUCUGUGCUUCCCGACCCAGGACGCGGGACUGCUGGCCCCAGCUGGCCACAGGCCCUGCGCGCACCUCCCACCAGCAGGGCCCCGAGCCCCCACAUUUCUAAGCACCGACGACCAAUAAAGCUGACGCGCCUCCUCCCCUCA